AGAAGCCAAGGGUGUCUGGGAAAUGAUGGCUGAGGAAGAGGAGGAAGUCAAGGAAAUUUUGUCGAAAUUGCAGGAACUGGUGGAUCAGCUCUAUUCAUUUCGCGAGUGCUAUUUCGAGACACACAGUGUUGAGGAUGCUGGGAGGAAGCAACAGGAUGUGCGGGAGGAGAUGGAGAAGACCCUGCAGCAGAUGGAGGAAGUAGUGGGUUCUGUCCAGGGCAAGGCACAGGUUCUGAUGCUAACUGGGAAGGCACUGAAUGUGACUCCUGACUAUAGCCCUAAGGCUGAGGAGCUUCUGUCAAAGGCUGUGAAGCUGGAGCCCAAGCUGGUGGAAGCCUGGAACCAGCUGGGUGAGGUGUACUGGAAAAAAGGGGAUGUUGCAGCUGCCCACACCUGCUUCUCAGGAGCUCUCACCCAUUGCAAGAACAAAAUCUCCCUUCAAAACCUGUCAAUGGUGCUUCGCCAACUGCGGACUGACUCUGGAGAUGAACAUUCUCGCCAUGUCAUGGACAGUGUGCGACAGGCUAAGUUGGCUGUGCAGAUGGACAUCCUUGAUGGCCGCUCUUGGUAUAUUCUGGGGAACGCGUACCUUUCUCUUUACUUUAGCACUGGCCAGAACCCUAAGAUCUCCCAGCAAGCCCUCAGUGCCUAUGCCCAAGCAGAGAAGGUUGACAGGACAGCUUCCAGCAAUCCUGAUCUUCAUCUGAACAGGGCAACGUUACAUAAAUAUGAAGAGAAUUAUGGGGAGGCCCUGGAAGGCUUUUCUCGGGCUGCAGCACUGGACCCUGCCUGGCCAGAGCCCCAGCAGCGAGAGCAGCAACUCCUGGAUUUCCUGAAUAGAUUAACCAGCCUCCUUGAGAGCAAGGGAAAGGUGAAGACCAGAAAGUUACAGAGCAUGCUGGGAAGCUUGCGCCCAGCCCAUCUAGGCCCUUGUGGUGAUGGGCGCUAUCAGUCAGCCUCUGGGCAGAAGGUGACCCUGGAGCGCAAGCCCCUGAGUGCUCUGCAGCCUGGUGUAAAUAGUGGAGCUGUGGUCCUGGGAAAGGUGGUGUUCAGCCUUACUACGGAGGAGAAAGUCCCCUUUACAUUUGGCCUGGUAGAUUCAGAUGGACCUUGCUGUGCAGUGAUGGUAUAUAAUAUGGUGCAGAGCUGGGGAGUGCUCAUUGGGGACUCUGUAGCCAUCCCUGAGCCUAACCUUCGGCUUCACCGAAUUCAGCACAAGGGAAAGGACUAUUCCUUUUCCAGUGUUCGUGUGGAGACGCCCCUCCUGCUGGUGGUGAAUGGGAAGCCUCAGGGCUCCAGCAGCCAGGCCGCUGCCACAGUGGCAUCGAGGCCACAGUGUGAAUGACCUUCCUUGGAUGGCAUGCUAAAGAGGGAGUGGAGGCGAGGAGAAAAGCUCAAGGGCACUCGGCAGCUGCACCAGCCAGAUCCAGUGACGCAACUGGAAUUGGGGGGAUGUUUUAGAUGACAACUUUCCUUUCCUCUGCCCUGUAAGACACUUUGUGUCUUCUUUCUCUCCUGUUAUGUUCCAGCUCUCUCUGGGACCACACAUGUCCCUGGUAUAUCUCCUGCCUCUUCCAUUGCUCUUCUAUGUUUUAGGCAAAGAGCAUGGAGUUGGUAGAAGUGUUGGGACCUUGUCAUGGGACAGAGUCCCCAAGGUUCCUGUUCUUGCCUCCUUCCUGAGCCUCAUGUGUAUAUAUCAUUUCAGUAUUUAUUGCUAAGGGAGGGGGCUUAAUUUUUUUAAUGACAUAGUUUUUGAGCAAUUUUUAUUUUUAAAAUUUAGGUGCUUCCCCUUCUUUGGGGCUGGAACAGAAUUAAAUUUGUUUGGAAAAAAAAUACUGUGUAG